AUCUUUUAGUUGGUUAUACCCUAGAUGCUUUGCUACUGCUAAAUAUGGUACGUGUUUUUUUUUUUUUUUUUUUUAAAAAGGAUAAGAGAGAGCCAAAGGGCAAAAGCAUAAUGAUAAGCUCUAAAUAGUGAACAUAUAUUGCAUUACACAACGAAAUCUCUCAAACUAGUCCCCUAUAAAUACAAGGAAUUAUAUAAGUACUCCUCAAAAUACAAACUCACACACAAGAAUAUUUCGAGUCCUUAGACACCAUACCACGCAAAUAUCAUGUCCGAUCACAGGAAUCCCAGCUCAAGCCUUAAGCUAUUCGGUUUCCCGAUAACCGAGAACGGUGAAGUGGUAGUGCCGUCGACGGAGCAGAGAGCGGAGCGAACAUCAUGGGAAAUGGAGAACAGGAAGUUCAAGUGCCAGUUCUGCCGUCGCGUGUUUGCGAAUUCGCAAGCUCUCGGUGGCCACCAAAACGCGCACAAGCGAGAGCGGCAGAGAGUCAGCGCUCAGUUCCAGGGCCGGCCAGUCGUCGGCCCAGUUCUUAGCCCACACGCGGUCAGAUCGUCGGCCGCUACCUCUAUUUACGCAUCGAGAUUUGCAGCAAAUUAUUGCAAUAGUAAUGGCAUUAUUAACGGUAAUUAUAACAAUCCGUCGUCACAGGAAGUACUACCGACGUAUAGGACAUUUCCUUCGCAGUACUACAACUGUUUGGUGUCACGGCCAGUACUACUACAGCAAGAAUUGGCCACCAAACCUGAAGUUGGGGUUGAUCUUCACCUCAAACUCUCUCUUUCUGGUUAAAUCAAUAAUGUUUUUUUUUUUUUUUUUUUUUGGCGUUCUUGUUUUUAUUAUUGCUUGGGAUGCCUUCAAUUUUCGGCAAUAUUUAUAAAUUAUAAUAAUAUCAAUAUGUGGACAAGGAAAAAGAAAAAAAAAAGUUCAACUUCAAUAGUUGACAAACUGACGCUUAAUUGAUGUUCUUGUUUUUUUCUUCUUUUUUCUUCUACUUUUGUAUGAUGUUUGAUCAUUUUGGGUGUAGAGGCAUUGAUUAUAGUUUCAGUAUACUAAUGAGAACGGCAUGUGA